AUCUUCAGAACAACGCGUUGAGAGAUGAAACGCGUAGACUUUUGAGUCCGUUAUAAGAUUUUAAGUAGUCGUUACGGUUUAAAACUGAAAGUCCAUAUUAGAAGUCGCGGGAAAGUCUUCAAAGACCAAAACCGAAAAGGGAGAAAAAAUAAGGACUAGUUCAACGCUCAUGCCUGAGCUUGCAAUCUAAUGAAAGUUGCCACGUGUUGGUCAGAUUCUCCCAAACUGAAAUUCCCAGAACAAGAAACUCUCUUGGUUCGAUCGCUUUCUUUCCGAAGUUUCUUGAUGAACUAGAAGGGGUCAAAGUAAACUACUCCUCUUCUUCCUCAUGUUGAUCGUUUCAGGAGUCUCCCUGAUGAAGUUUAGACAGUUCCUGUAACUUCUCUGCGAUAUUCACAAGAAUUUGGUGGUGGGUUCCAAUUUUUUUUCCUUCUAUUUUGGAAGAUUACCAUUACAAUUAUACGAUUGUAUUCCCCUGUAUAUUUCUUCUCUCUUCUCCACUCGUUGUUCCAUUAAGGAUUCAAUAUCUGAUUUGCAGAGAUACACGUCUGAAAUUUGCAUUUUUUUUCUCUGGUUUUCCUGAUCUGGAUAUGGAUCAAUUCAGACAGAUAGGGAAGGUUUUGGGGAGUCUAAAUUCUCUCAUGGUAUUUCAACAAGACAUCCGGGUUAACCAGCGCCAGUGUUGUUUGCUUUUUGAUCUCUUCACUAUCGCUUUCCAUGGCAUCGCAGAGGAGCUCAAGCAGAAUCUGAGAUAUGAAGAGAAGCACACCAAAUGGAAUGCCCUUGAGCACCCAUUGAGAGAGCUUUACCAUGUUUUCAAAGAAGGAGAAGUUUAUAUUCAGCAGUGCAUGGACAACAAGGAUUGGCUGGGAAAAGUCAUCUCUUUGUCGCAAAACACAGAAUGCAUCGAAUUCCACAUCCACAACUUGCUCUCCUGCAUCCCAAUAGUCAUUGAAGCUAUAGAGAAUGCAGGGGAAAUCUCAGGGUGUGACCAGGAUGAGAUCCUGAAGAAGAAGGUCAUCUUGUCAAAGAAGUAUGAGAGGGAGUGGAUGGACCCUAAACUCUUCCGAUGGAAUUUUGGGAAGCUUUAUCUGGUUUCUCAAGAUAUCUGCAAUCGACUGGUUACCGUUUGGAAGGAGGAUAGAUGGCUUCUUCAAGAGGCAAUCAGAGAAAGGAGAAGUUCAGAGCCUGGAACCAAGCAAGAGCAACGUCUCAUGGAGUUCCUACUGAAGAAUUUUGACCACAACAAACCCUCUGAUGGGAAGCUCUUCCCUAGUUCAAUAUUGGUGGGUUCAAAGGACUACCAGGUUAGGAGACGACUAGGGAGCGGUAGCCAAUACAAGGAAGUCCAAUGGUUAGGUGAAAGCUUCGCUGUAAGACAUUUCUUCGGAGAGAUUGAGCCUGUGAUUCCUGAGAUUACUCGUCUCUCCUCCCUCACCCACCCUAACAUAUUGCAAUACCUUUGUGGGUUCUCAGAUGAGGAAAAGAAAGAGUGUUUCCUAGUUAUGGAGCUGAUGAGCAAGGACCUCAACAGUUACAUCAAAGAGCUUUGUGGGCCGAGGAGGAGGGUUCCAUUUUCCAUUCCUGUAGCAGUUGAUCUAAUGCUUCAAAUUGCCAGAGGGAUGGAGUAUCUCCACUCCCACAAGAUAUACCACGGAGAAUUAAAUCCAUACAACAUCCUAGUUCGAUCAAGGAAUUCCCCUGAUGGAUACUUGCAGGCUAAAAUCUCAGGAUUUGGCCUAUCCUCCAUUAAGAACUUCACCCAUCGAUCCACUUCAAAUCAAAAUGAGGCACCAGUCAUCUGGUACGCCCCCGAGGUUCUAUCAGAUCAAGAACAGCCAGAGAGUGCCUCCAUUUCCAAGUAUGCUGAGAAGGCAGAUAUUUACAGCUUUGGCAUGAUUUGCUUUGAGCUUUUGACAGGGAAGGUUCCAUUUGAAGAUGCACAUCUCCAGGGAGAUAAGAUGAGCAGGAACAUUAGAGCAGGGGAGAGGCCACUCUUCCCAUUCUCUUCACCAAAAUACAUCACCAACUUGACAAAAAAAUGUUGGCAUACUGACCCGACUCAGCGUCCAAGUUUCUCAUCCAUUUGUAGGAUCCUUCGCUACAUCAAACGGUUCCUAGUGCUGAACCCAGACCAUAGCCAGCCUGACUCUCCAAUUCCACCUGUUGAUUACUGUGAUAUAGAGGCAUGGUUCUCCAAGAAGUUUUCUGUAGAAGGGAGCCUCGAUCCAGCACCAGUAUCACAUAUCCCAUUUGAAAUGUUUGCUUAUAAGGCAAUGGAGAAGGAGAGGAUCAGUGUGAAUUUUAGAGACAGGAGUUCAGAAUCUGGCAGUGACGGCACUUCAGGUUGUGGGGAUGAUAAUGGAGCUCUGGUGGAUGAUCCAUUCCCUGUAGCACCCGAGAAAAAAAAUCCAGUCUCUUCCGAGCAUACCAACAAGAAACUCUUGCUGGUAAAGAAGACUACAGAUGCAAAGGCCAACAAACAACCAGGAACACCAAAAGGACGAGCACUAAGACCUCCACAACAGACCCAAUCUGCUCGCAGUCUGAGGAUGCAUUCUGAGAGCCAGCUUUCAGUAGUGAUGAGCCCACACAGGCGGAGAACAUCUGGUCAUGCCUCGGAUUCUGAGUUAGCAUAGUUUCAUAAAAGGCACCAUCUUUCCCCCCUGAGGACAUCUCAACACAAACUGGUAGUUCGCCAAAGUUCUCCAUGAUUGAGCUUCAAAAAGUUUCCCAUCCAUCAUCUUCUAUCAACUUUUGACUAACUGAGGUAUUGAGAGUCGUGUAAAUUGCAAGCUUGGCUGCUAACAUCAGUGUUCCUGUCAAAAAGUUUCAUGGCAUAUGACCACAUUGCUGUACUUGAAAGAGGAAGGGAUUUCCUUUUGCAAGGCCUAGAUUUUGGGCUACUUUGCACUCAUGGAUGGACAAUUGCUUCUCCACCCACCCUUCCUCCCCAAGGGGAAAAAAGGGAGAGGAGCCACUGCUCAAUAGAUGUUGUCAAAUGUUCUUGAAUCUUGUAUCCCUUGAGUGACAUCACCUGAGUCUUACUUAUGAUUUCCUACUCACACUGUGCAUCUUACUGAUUAGAUUUUGGGCCGAAACUGUGUUACUGAUCAGUGAGAGAGCAAGUGAAGUUGUAUUUUGUUCCACCAUACAAGCCAGUAAGACCAUAAGUCCUACCACUUUUUGAUUGAGAAGAUCAAAAUUGAAGGUAAGGUAUAUUAAUUGUACUUUGUAAAAUCAGAUGUAGUAUGCAUCAUAUUUCCAAAUGAUAUGAGUUAAAUCUUCACCCAAGUAUGGCAUCUAAAAGAGUUGCCUGGAGGGCUAGGAUCCAAGUUGCCGAUUGUUCGUGAGUGGGAUGUCCCAAAGUGUUUUUUGUUUUUUCUUU